AUGGAAGCUAUAUAUCUGGUAUUAAUUGUUUUUGCAUUCAUUUAUGCAGUUGCUCUCUUUGCACUCAAUCGAAUCCCUCAUGUCAAGGUUAAAUACAUUGGAUUUAUCAGUUUAAGGGGUAUUACUGUAAAGAGCAAAAAUUCAACAAUUUAUAUUGGUAGGUUAGGCUUGCGAGUUAACUUGUUCAAUGCUAAUGAGCAAACGGGGAUGAAAAAGUUUGCAUUGGAAAUAUGCGAUUUCUCCAUUACUUGCUUGAAGGAUCGACACUAUCGAGCGAAGCGAGAUAGUGGAGCACCAUUGGCGAGUGACAGCAACUUUAAACAGCAACAGCAGCAAGAACAAGAGCAAGAGCAACAAAAAAGAAAUCCAAUUGACAAGAGGUCAAUUACAGAAUUGUUCAGUUUCAAGGUACUGAAAACUAUUUACAAUUACUUGGUGAAGGGCAAAAUAAUCGACAUUUUCGCUUUGCAUCUAUUUCGAGGGAGUCUCUAUCACGAGGCUACAUAUGACAAACUUUGUGUAUUCACAGAAUACAGUCGUUUCACAGCUACUAGAGAUGAAAGUAACCGUGUUAGGCUUACAAUUAUCCUGCUCAAUGGCUUGAUCUAUGAGAAUCACAAUAAGGAGAAUAAAGUGAACUUGUUCAGAAACGCGGAAUUCUACAUUGAUUGUCAAUUAAUUGCCCUUUGCGAGUUGAAAUAUCCAGGCAUGGUCUCAAUGUAUUUCCAAGAUUUUAAAACCUCACUUUCUAUAGGACGUUUGAAUGUCCCACUUCAAUAUUUCCACAAACACGAGUUUCAGAAGAAUAACAAUGGAAAAGAGUUAGAUCCAGAAGCUAAUAACUUGGAGGAGGAAGAAGAAGAAGAAGAAGAAGAAGAAGAAGAAGAAGGUCACGAUAAAAACCCAAUAGAUCUUCUCAAAUACACCAAUCUCCUAAAAGAAGUUGUCUCACUAUACUCAGCCACCGAUAUACGCUUAGAAGACUCUACAUUGUCCCACAAUACACUAUCGAUAAAUUUGUCCACCAUUGCAUUCUCCUUGACUAAACUUGGAGAAAAGCCAUCAAUAGCAACGGAUGGUCUUGAAACUUUCAAGUUGGCUACUUAUUUGUCAUCGUUCAAAUUUUACCACCUUGAUACUCAAUGCUUUGAGCUCCCGUCGGGAACAAUAUCGUAUGAAGUAUGUCCUCUUGAAAUGUUGAGGGUUUGUCAGAUUUUGCUCAAUCACCAAGAGAACCAUAAAGAAACCAUCAACUUUGAUUUCAAUAUUACGCUAACCAACCCAACCUUUGAUCUAUACUAUGACCAACAGGAUAUCUUAUUCAACAUCCUAAAAGAUAAGAUGAUGCAAAAAAGAAUGAAUAAGGGUAGGUCUGUCGCUGGAGUGCAACGCAAAGAAGAAACGUUACGAAAACUAAAGAUUGCCUCGCGAAUGGUAAAUGCAAUUUCAAGCAAGAUAGAAAUUGUUGAUACAGUAGUGAAAUUCCAUUUGCCAAAACUUGGCCUGAAUAAAGAAGAAGAGUUUAAUCGUCAUUCAAAUUCAAAUACCAUCAUCAAAUGCACACUUUUGGGCUUUAUGUUGAAAAUCUUUUCAAGGAGGCAUUUGAAAAGAAGCAAGGUUAUCCCUUCGCUAAAUUGUUUACUCAAGGUGAAAAAUGCCAGAGGAGAAAUAGAGGGAAAUUUGAUCCAAUUGUCCAAGAUCAACAUGUUGCUUUCUUAUAGUCUUAAAACAGACCAACUAGCUUGCUACUUUGCAAGUAAAAACAUCAAGAUCAAAUCAGUUAAUGAUAAUUUCUUUUAUUUGGUAAGGCAAUUCAGAAACCGCGAAAGAAUUUAUUUUAAUAAAAAGUAUCAAGAAUGGCGACGCAAACAACAAGCCAAGGAUGCUGGUGGUAAGGUGAAUGCGAGGCUGUUGCCCUCUCUGCUGCUGCUGCUGCUGCUGCUGCUGCUGCCGCUGCUGCCUCAUCAUGAUAUUUUUGUGAAAUUGUUUGAAAUACUACCAUCUUUUGUGUCAUCGGUUAGAGUGAGUAUUUACUCGGUAGAUUUUGAUAUACUUUGCAAAGAUGGAUUACCUAGCCGUGUAAUAUAUGAUGUUGGACUUGGGAAAGAUGUUGACCUUGCUGAUUUUAGAAGAGGCAUUGCUUUGAAGAUCACAAAUAUAUCAGCCAGCUAUAAGUUGUCUAAGGAAAUUGUUGAGCUUUCAGUAGAUAUGGUUCAGAUGUUCACAUUAAGUGAGUACUCGCUGGAGUACACGCAAGACUUUGAUAAAUCUAUACCAGUUGAAAAUUCGGAUUCAGAGCUAGACGAUCUUUCAAGUAUCAGCACAUUAGCUUCCGAUACAGUAUACGCUAAUCAAAACGAUUCUGACCUUGACCAUGACCAUGAAAAUGAAGAAGAAGAAGAAGAAGAACAAAAGGGAAAAGAACUGGGCAUAAAGAGGAUCAAAAAUGUAUUGAGCGCCCAAAAGAUACUAAUCUCCAAUAAUUAUUACACUAGGAGUGACCGAGACCCAAAUAAGUUGGUGCUCUUCAUAUCCGAAAUAGAUACUCGUAUUGAUAUGUUUUUCCUUUGGUGUGUUUUUUAUGCAAAGACAUUAUUGCAAAGGUUUGCUCCUACUGUCGAGUCCAAUUGUAGCAGGCAACAAAUUCAAGAAAUCACCGGGCCUAGGAAAAAGAUUAAGCUAGACGUUUUGUUGGAUUCUGUUGCUACUGUUGUCAGGUUACCCAAUAAUGUAGAUGCACUUAUUGAAAUCGACAAUGCUAAACUACAGAAUGUUCUUGUUUUAAAGAAUGCUAAUGUCAAAAAUGUUAGAUUGUACGUGGUACACCCAGCAACCAAGUUAUGGGCAAGAGGAGUGACAAUAAAAGAUCCAAGCUUUAGUGUUGACGUUUCCAAGACGAUGCAUGAGGAUGCCUUUGAUAUUACCGCAAAAAGUAUUCGAAUCAAUGUCCCACACCAGUUUUUGUUCUACACAAUCAUCGAUAAUACAAUAACUCUAAUCAAGGCAAUUAAACAGUUGAAGCAUAAUUUUCUAUAUUUCAACUUUGGAGCUGAGUCGUUUGAGAGGUUGUAUCCAAUGUCAAAAAAGCCAUUCCAGUUUUUACACAUAAACAUCAAGACCUCUACUUUGGGAUUGACUUUGGAAAAUGAUCCGUUUGAAAAUGAGUUGGCUAUGAUUUAUGAUUUAGGAAUUAUAGAGCAAAAAGAGAGGUUACGGAAACUAAAGGCCUUUGAGUCAAAGAGUAAUGAAAUCAGGAGCAAAGCUCAACGAGAUAUGGAAGAUCAAAUACAACUUUCUAAUAUAUCUGCUCCAGCUCCAUUUUCAAUGUUUGGUGGUGGUGGUGGUGGUGGUGGUGGUAGUAGUAGUAAUAAUAGUACUACUACUUCAAUACGAGCCCACAAUAAUGUUCCAAACUCACCUUGCAAAAUGUCUAGUCCAUUGACUAAUUUGAGAGAUGUUGUUAAUCCAAUGACGAUGACCGAUUCAAUUGAAGACAAAGAACAUCAACAACAGCAACAACAACACUCGCAAAAUGAUCGAGGCAAAUUUGUGGCAAGUCUUCUAAGAUCAAAAAGAAUCCACUCUAGCAAAGCACCAAAAACAGAAUCCAACUUUCAGGAGUCUAAAACGAAUGAGACAAACUUUGAGUAUGCAAGAAAAGAAGCCGAAAAGAGAAUUGAAGAAGCCAGACAGAGACUUUUGGAGAAUUUCUCGUUAUCUUGGAUUCAAAAAUUUAGAGCUUUUAGGGAAGUAAGAAAUGGUCUUUGGAAGGAUAAAGUUCAGGAUACUUUUGGAAAUGAUGAAGUAGCUGAUAAGAUGAAAAAUAAAUACGAUAUUAUCGAGUAUGCUGAAGGUCCACCUCUUGCGGGACCACUUUUUAGAGAUGCGGACUUAACAUUUGAUAAAUUCAAAGGUGGGGAUGUCGACGAUUUCUUGUACAAGUUCGCCAAGAAACAACCAAAGUUAACCUACUCGAUAUUUGUUCCCAUGUUUGUUGAAUUAAAGGCUAGGAAAUUUUAUAUGAUAUUGCGGGAUUACCCAUUACCCUUGGCAUCUUUCCCUACAGGUAGCAACCCCCAAAAGCCAACAGUACAUAUGAAGGCAAACAUCAUCAUAAAUGAAAAGCUAUUUUCAAGGAAAGAAGAGUUGAGGUACAUUUAUGUCCCGUACUCUUUGGCAGUCCCAGACAACGGAAUCGCGGACAAUUUCUACUCGGUUUAUGUUCCAAGAACUUUGACACCUGUUAAAUUUGUUGCUGAUUUCCAUUGUGAUUUGAACACAGAUAGAGCAUGCACAAUUAGUUGGUGCAAAGCAUACCAACCAGCAUUGAGCGCAUUGGGACAAGCUUUUGAUAACUUUAGCAAACCAGCAAUCGACGAUAGUCCAAUAGGAUGGUGGGACAAGCUUCCAAUGAUAAUGCAUGGCAAAUAUCAGUUUAACAUUGCCAAUGAGCUAUGUUUGCUCAUGAAAAGUGGACUGUCGCCACACCGAUUGGUUGGAAGAAGCUCUGGGUUUGUUUAUUGCUGGAAAAAUAAUGUUUCUUUAACAAUUGAUGGUACUAUCAACUCGAAAAACUUGGUUGUUGUUACCAGUGAUGACUUUCUCUUUGCUAUUCCAAAUUAUUCAAUCGAGGAGAAGAAUAUCUGGAGUUUGUUUUAUGAUGGAGCAGAUGAACCAACACCAGAUAUUGAUUUAGACGCAAAGAAGUUUCACAAAAAAGUGAUCAGAUUGAGUUCAAACAAUAGAGUCAAGUGGAUUGGAGGAAUGAUGUUUGAAAGAAACAAGCAUGCUUCUAAGAGACUAAGUGAUGAGGAACUUAGAACCUCCCAAUUCAAGCCGCACUAUGAAGUGCAAAUUACUAAUCCAGUCAAUGAAUACCAUCCGGAUUCUUACGAUGAAUACAGGUCUGAUUAUGUGCAUAUGUCGCUAUCAGUAAUAUCAAAAUCUCACAAUGGCGAAGCAUUCAAUGCUGCCUUCUUGACCCCCUUAUCGUUUCACCAUUUUUUCCACUGGUGGGAUACAAUGGCUCAUUAUUCGAUACCACCGAUUAGAACUGGGAAAUUGUUUGCUGCUGAUGGAAAGAAGAAAAUCAAAGUCAAGUUUAGUCCGCAUUUGUUCACAAUGAAGUAUCAAUUGAUUUUCAACCCCUUAACUAUAUCCCAUUUGUAUCUUCACUCAAGCAACGAAUCGCGAAGCAAAAAGAAUCGAGUUGCAUUUACGGGACUAAAGGGAAAAUUUGCAAUAUGCGAGAUAGAUCUUCAUCAAAGAAAGGAAUUGAUGAUUUAUGAGAAUAAGAAGUUGAAUAGAAAAGCAAAGAUAAAGCACUUGAAAAUGAACCAAGCAGAAGUAAACAUUGAAAAAGCAGAUGUCAGAAUCUUAAACGCACUAUUCAGUGACCAAUCAGUUAGUGGAAAAUUGAUGUCAUAUCUUGCUGGUGAUUUGAACUCCACCAAGGCAUCAAGCCAUAAUGGACACCACGGACAUGUACCAACAUCACAGUUCACAAGGUGGAUGGACAGUGUAAAUACUCCUGAUGGGGAUUUCUCAUGGAUUGACCCGGAGGAUUUUAUAGAGUUGGAAGUUAGAGAACCUUUAUCGCCUUAUCCAAAAAUCAAGAUUAUUCCAUUUUUUUACACGCCAAAGUGCAGCUAUUUUAGAGAGUUUACAUUCAGUAAAAGUGGACCAUUUCCUUUUGGUAAUGAGGAUAUUCACAACUGUAUUAUGGAUGUGGAUAAGCCAGCGGCCGUUCAAAGACGUAUUUUGCUGGAACGGCUUGAAAAGCUAAAGGCCGAUUUAGCAAAAGCAGAAACUCGCUUGAAAAAUUUCAAGGUCAGCAAUGGACCCGAAUUUCAAAACGACAUUAAAUUCACGGAGCAAGAGAUUCUGAUUUUGAAUGAGAAGAUUGAAGUUGUACAAGAAGUAUAUGACAAUUUUACCCCAAAAGAUUUCACAAUGAUGGAGAAUUUAGAGGAGAAGGAUGAAGAGAAUAAUUACUUGGAGCCAGUUGAUAGUAUUCUGAGGCAGAUGUCUAGGUUGUCUGCCUUUUCUAGCCACUUGAACCAGAAUGAAUUAAUCGAGGCUUCAUAUUUUGUUGGGGUUGCCGAGUUCCACAAUCGAUUUAUUUUGCAUAAUUUGGAAGUGAAGUGGGACGACGAUUUGAAGGAGUACUUUGCAAGCUACCUUGAACGUAUAGGAGAUAGGAAGAACCACGUUUACUAUAUGACUAAAACUGCAGUAGAUUUGGUUCAAAGCGUGAUUCAUGAAUCCAAAAAGACUAAUCAAUCCACAUUUCAUAGUGCACAUCAUGACAAGAGUUUUGAAAGAAGCUUCAAGAGUGGAGAAGAGGUUAUUCGCUCUUUUGAUAGUGAGUUGGACGUUGUUGCAGAUCCAAAUGAGGAAGAGCCUGAGUACAAGUACUUGAUCAAACUUAUACAUCCGCAAAUUCAAAUGACUAGCAAAAAAUUACCUGAUGCUUGUGUGCUUUUAACGUCUCGUGAUUUAGAUAUCAGGAUAGUUGACAUUAAUGAGAAAGAUUUGGUUAAUGUGACCACGGAUAAUAAGGAGAUGACAGCAAGGAUCGAAAGUAGAGUGGGGGUAAUGUUUAGAGAUGGGCAACUAUUUGUUGUAAACAAGGACGACGUUUUGAAGCCAAACCCAAAAUCCAAAUUUAAAAAGGAUGGAUAUAUGACCCUGGAAAAAAACUGGCGACCUUGGUUUGAAUGUGAAAUUUGUUACGAUGGAUCAUGGGCUCGUGAGUAUUUGGUAUCCGAAAAGACCACUCUUGCACUGGUUUAUAAGAAUCCCAACCAAUUAUUUGUUAAUUCCAAAAAAUUGGAUCAGGACAAUGAGAUGAUAUUGUAUUUGGAAAAGCUUGUUAUUGAUGCAACAUCGGCACAGUAUUCAACCAUUUAUUUCGUUGUUACAGAGUUGCUCAUGUCAAGCAUUCAACAUGAUACUAUACACACCAAAUUGUCCAAGGUGAUUGCAGUCUCUGAUCCUUCGGAUUUCAAAGGAUGGGAUAUCAGGGUGAAAGAUUUACAAAGUCAAAUUCGUGAAUUUAGGGGUAUCUUGUUAAACUUUGAUGAAAAAGUAGCAAUUUUGAGUGAAGAAGAAAAGAGAUACUUGAAGCUAUUAGAGUUGGAGAUGGAGAAACUGAAGCUAGAGUUGCUAAUGAUUAUGAAAGCUUUGAGAAUGAGAAACAAAAACGAAACUCGGCAAACUUCGAAACACUUGAGCAUUUUGGCGGACCAAGUGAUAUGGCACUUUUUGGAUGAUAAUAGACAGCCAUUUGUAGAUUUUGCAUGUGCCAAAAUGCGGCACACUAAAGUAGAAUCCAUCCAUGGGUCUAACAUGAAUGUAUUUGAAAUUGGCAUGGUUCAAGGCUUCAAUCUUGAAGAAAAUGGAACUCACCCAAUUCUAUUGUCACCAGUGCUUGCAGAAGAAAAGAAUAAGAAUAAUAAUAAUAACGCUGGAGAUGAGUUUGCUACUCCCGUUUUGAAAAUGACUUGGAACAUGUUGGCAGCUGUGGGUGGUAUUCCAGUUGUCAAAAACGCCAAACUAGAAGUUUCUCCGUUGAGAUUGGAGCUAGAUUUCCAAACUGCGAAAAAGCUACACUCGUAUCUUUUUCCCAAGGAGAACGACUUGUUUGACGACGAGGACAAUGAUUCAGACAACGAUGGCAGUGAUAGUGACAAUGACAGUGAUAAUGACAAUGAAAAUGACAAUGCCAGUUCGCUUUUCACCAAAGCCGAUAAGACUCCUCAUGAGAUAUCACCAGACUCUUUAUCAAUUCAGGACAGCCAUCUAUCAAAAGGAAGUUUGGCUAGUCCUAAAAAUACAUUUAAAAAACUAAUUGCUAAAAGUAAAACAGUCACACACAAUUCAAGCGGUUCCUCCUCCUUCUCUUCAUUACCUUUAAAUAGAAGAAGAAGAGGAGGAGGAGGAGGAGGAGAAACAACAACAAAUUCCAUCCAAGACAGUAGGAAUACAUUUGAUUCCUCUCUUCGAUUUGGAAGCGAAAAUUCAACCUUGGCAUCUAGAGAUGAAAAUAUAAAGAGUAAAAUACAUAUACCUUUCAAAAGAAAACGGGUUGAUAAUAACAACAACAACAAUGAGACGGAGGACGAGUUGGAGAUUUUAAUUGCAAGAUCGUUAAAGUUCAAAUCUAUUAUUGAUUUUGAGAUAGCUGCAUUCAAGUUGAUUAUCAGUUUCUCUGGGCCCAAGACUUUGAGUUUGUUGAAUGUGGAUCAGCUAGUGCUAUCGGUACCGGACAUGAAAUACCAAUACAAGAUUUGGUCUGGAGAAGAUUGUAUGAAUAGGUUGAGAAAAGACCUUAUCAAGAUUAUAUUACAGCACACAGGAAAAAUAUUGGGCAACAAGUUCAAGCCGAAGAAGAAAACCAAGGUUUCAGAACCUUUGAAACAAAUUGGAGAGUAUACCAAGUUUUUGACCUUGGACGAUUUACGGAGAGAAGGCAGAGAACGAGAUAGCGGAAUUGUUGAUUACGAAGCUCAUUCACACCCUUAUAUUCACCGUCUCAGCAGGCAUACUAGCCCUAAAGCACAUAUAAUUCGAAGAGGCGAGGCUCAAGAGGAUACCUUCAAGACAUACUUUGAUCCCGCUUACGACAAGAUUGAAGAUGAUGUUGAUGCUGCAUGA